AUGUUCUAUGAGCGCUACACCGACGGCAGCAAUGAGAACAUCAAGUAUGUCGGUUCAGGAAUGGGCAACAUGGAGACGAGGCUUGUGGAGGUCGGCGCAGGCCAGGGCAGCUACUCCAAGGAGAAGAGCGCCACCUACGGCUACAGGUGCCGCCCUGCCUGCUGGCUCUGCUUGCUGUGCCGGCACCUCACGGCACAAAGCAUCACAGCCCGCUGCUUUUCCUCCCGCUGCUCUUCUUCUGCCCCGUCCGGGCCCCCGGCGCAAACGACCUGCGCGAAGUUUCGCGCAUCUGUCGCAUCGCCACCCACAUGGGACAGCAGCUGCUGUUUGACUUGCGGGGUCUCCUGCGCGGACCCCGUCACAGAGGCUCCGCACUACCACGAGGUCGUCCGCCGCCACUACAACACGGUGGUCAGGAAGGUGCCAGUGAACCACUACGUGAAGGUCCAGAUGCCGCAGGCGCCGCCCAUCGUCCACACGGUCCACGUGGUCAAGCCCAACGCGCACUACGACUGCUUCGAUGGAGACAACUACGCUUACAAGACAUGGUCCGGCCCACACACGCGGUGGUGCUGUUACAAGUACAAAGAGUACUGCCCGAAGCAAGUCGUGAACCGCAACAUCUACCACCAUGUGACCAAGAUCCAGCGGGUGCAUGUGCCGGUGCCGGUCCAAGCAGCGCGCCCUCCUCCAAUCAUCCACAACAUCCCGCAAGUCUACCAUAUCCCGAGCCCGCCGAAGUACGUGCACGUGCCGGUGCCCGGGCCCACCGUGGUCCAUCACGUCAUGGUCAACAAGGACGUGCCGUACCCCGUGCGGCAGCCUCCCCAGGUCAUCACCGUGAAGAAGCCCUACACGGUCAAGAUCGCCGGCCGCAGCCAUUAUGUGCACGUCCCGGUGCCCUCGCCGCCUCACAUCGUUCCCAAGUACAAGGUGCACGUUGUCACGGUGAUGGACUAUGACUGUGACUCCCACUUUGACAAGUGGUACUACACCUGGUCCAGCGCGAAGAAGCACUGGUGCUGCGACCAUCAGCAGCGGGGCUGCCCAGGAUCCUGGCACCACCAUAACCACGUCGUGACGGUUGUGCACCACUACAAGCACUACAACUGCCGCGCCGGCUUGUCCAACUGGUACCACGGCUGGUCCAAAGUCAAGAAGUCCUGGUGCUGCGAACACGACCAUCUGGGCUGUCCUGGCGACGCCCAUGGCCAGUGGCAUGCUCACACCGUGGUGCACACCGUGGUUGGCCAUGCUGCGGGCGAAGGCGGCUACGACUGCGACGCCGGCUACUCCAACUGGGAGCACGGGUGGUCCUACCACAAGAAGAUCUACUGCUGCCACACCGAGCACAAGGGCUGCCAGCCGUACCACUGCCACCACGACAAGGUGGGCUGCGCGGCCACCACGCUGUCCCCAUUGGGCUGCGAUGCUGCUCGUGCUGACAACAUAUGCG